GUCUAUUUACGUUCUCUUUCGAUGUUCGGCAGCAGCGUAUUGCAACACCGAGCGCACCGUGCGCCGGGCGGCACUUACACCAUCGCCGAGUUAACUGUAGAUGUCAGACUGUGCUUGCUCUGGGGUGAUGUCAGAUUGGUGGAAGGCACGCGGGAGCCGAGCGGGGAGGUGGAUUCCUCCUGCCAGGAUGAGCGGGUGUCGCUAGAGAUGAUCUGUGGUUCGGUGCAGCUGGAGCUGUCUGAAUGAAGCUAUGGGCUGUGCCUCCGCCAAGCAUGUGUCCACUGUUCAAAACGAAGAGGAAACUCAGAAGGGCAAGAACUACCAGAACGGAGAUGUGUUUGGGGAUGAGUAUAGGAUCAAACCAGUGGAAGAGGUCAAAUACAUGAAAAAUGGGGGAGAAGAUGAUCAGAAAAUAGCAGCCAGGAACCAAGAAAACUUGGAAAAAAGUGCCAGUUCAAAUUCAAGACUUAAAUCUAAUAAAGAGAUCCCAGGAUUAGUACAUCAACCCAGAGCAAACAUGCACAUCUCUGAAAGCCAACAAGAAUUCUUCAGAAUGCUUGAUGAAAAAAUUGAAAAGGGUCGUGACUACUGUUCAGAGGAGGAGGAUGUCACAUAGUGCCAGCUCUGCCCUCGCCCCGGGAGCACCUCCAGUGUAAAUAGAUCCAACCCAGCCUUCUGGAUACAACCUUUGGGACGUCUGCUCGAGUGAACAGCACUCCAUAAACAGAAGAAGACCAUUUCCACAUUAUAUGCUCCAUUCAGUUACAGUGUUUCCUAAUGAACACAUGAGGAAUAUUGCUAAGAAGUCGUAAGGAACUGUUUUUGUUGCUGCUAGUUAAAACUUGUUGCAACUUCUCACUUUUUUCUGUGUCCAGAUACGCAGCAAAUCCUUAAAAGUUAAUCCAAAAGACGUUGUUGAUUUUAUUGAGGCUUCUGGCCCGUUUUCUAUCAGAUGAGGUAGUGUUAUUACCAAGCUUCCAUAAGUGACCAUCCAAGCAUCUAAGAAACACCCCUGAGCUGUGUGUCCGUCCGUGUUGGGGCCAGAGUGCUUGUUAGUGCUGGUGAUUCCAAGCUUUGGAGAUGGGAUGUUUUUUUGCCAUGGCAGGCCUUGUUUCUCAGCUGGGAAGAAGCUGAGAAACUAUUAUCCAUUAAAAGCAUGUUAUCACUGAAAUACUGGAAGUGAUACAGGAGCAGGAACUUGUAUUUUAAGAGGAAAAAAAGUUUCAUUUAAAAGGUAUCUUAAUCAAGGACUAAGCUUGCAGUAUUGGCUUUGCUGAGCACGAAUGGGAGUGUGAUCACAAUCAUUUUGAAUCUCUUUUUUUCUAAGAAAAUAAACAUUUUACUGUUUUUAUGUA